AUGGCGGAGAUUAUGAACUGUCAGAAUAUCAAAAGACUUAGAAAGUGUAUUCGUGAGGCGACAUUGAAAAAUACUGGGUUAUCAUCUGGUCCCUUUAAAGUACUUGCCAUACAUCGAUACCCCAGUGAUCCUAAACAUCGAACACAGAUAGGCAUUGCUGGCACAGCGCAAAGUGAUGUUUUUGAUGUGAUAGAGAUCACUUUGGCUGAUGAUGAACACAAAGUCAAGGCUGUUCUGGUGCCUGAAUUGAACAAUCUAGUGCAAACAUGUCAGCUUCAAGCUGGACAUCUGGUAAAGGUGACAGAAGCGAGAGUGCAUUAUGAUGAGACAGAUCUAUCCAGCGGCUGUGUGAUCAUUGUCAAUAGCGUGGACAUAACAGGAUAUGAGGGGCUGCAGGAUCAAAGUGCCCUGACUGAUUUAAAAUGGGCAGAUGAUUGCAGUGCCUCUGAGCAGCUAGAUGUUCCACUCACCUCCUCAAGGGGAUACUACAUCAAUGUGUGGUCAACUACAGAGAUGUAUGGAGAUCUCUGGAAAACCAGUAUCCCUGAUGCAAGCGAUCUAGGCAGCACAAAACCAGAGGAAAUCUACUGCAUUAAAGACUUACCCAAGAGUUGGUCUUCUACAAGAGUGACCAACCCAACUUUGUUAGUCAGGGUGUUACUAAAGUCAAGGAUGCUCCAUUAUGCCAAGUCUGGAAAAAAUGACAAGUGGCCAUUCCAGGCCCAUUUGUUGAUAGCAGACAAGACAGGGGCGUGUACAUCUGUGUUAUGGAACUCCAUGUGUCCGAACUUCUACUACAGUGUAAAAGAAGGUACUGUUCUACUCCUUAAGAAGUUCACAUGUAAGAAAAGUUUUACAGUGUUACCCCGGUUUCGACCCUGUCUGCGUGACACCCAGUUUUACGACAUUGACAUUAACCUGAACAGUCAUCACCCAGAAUCUGAGGUCAAGGUCAUUGAUGAGGCAUCGCUACCGGACAACAUAGAGCUACCUUCCCUACAGUAUAACUUUGUGUCCAGGAGGCAAGCUUCGAGUCUACCGGACAACUUCAUGUGCGAUAUUGCUGGUGUUGUGACGUACGUUGGCAGAUAUGAGAGGGAACACAUAGCAAACAAGUUUGGCGUGGACACGGGUGGAUUUUGGAUCCGACGAUGGAUCCACAUACGUGACAGUUCCUGUAACAAACCAUUCUGUGUUCAGGUGUAUAGGGUUGCGCAGGGAAUGCAUGGAUGUGAUUUUGUACCUGGACGCUGGCAGAUAUUUACCCAUGUGAGACUGGUGAACAAAAUGGACCGUCUUACAUCGUCGCAUUCUCAGAGGCAUUUGUUUUUCACCACAACAGCUGAAACCCAGAUCAGCGUUAUGGAUGGUUCAAUAUCUACACAACUGAAAAACGAUGCCCGAAUAUCUAGCGUCAUGAAAUGGGGCAUAACUGAUCAAUGUAGACAGGCAGUUGGAGAGGCCCUAGUAGGGGGAUACAUCAACUUCCCUCCACUACCAUCCAACAUUGACCAGUUGAAGGGGUGCUUCAGAGAUUGGCAGAUUACGCCAAGCAGUGACUGGGAGCGGAUAUUAAAGGGACUGAGCUUUCGGGAAGCCAGGCAGCUGGUGAUGCAGGCUACAAUGGUUCAUGUUAGCCUUACGUUGGACACUUCUCGCAGAAAAGAUGUCUCGCCUUCAAAAAAGUCCAAACUUGAUGCUCGGGAAGUAAUCCUCGACCAGACCGCAUACAGCAAUAUGUCGAGUGGGCAGGUUUUAGGCCCAAGACAACUAGCAGAGGACAUUUCCUUCCCAAUGUUACACAAGCCUGAACAGUGGUCAGUGAUAAGACAGCAGCUGGACUUCCCAGCAACAAAGCUUGACCAGAAGAACAGUCACACAAAGACUGCUGCUCAGUUGCAGGACCUUCAACACCUUACCAGUGCAUACUUCACAGUCACCUGGUCUGGGCUGAAUUCCAAGAUCCUUCUGCAGUCCCACUAUAUACCUCCUUCGACCUUGACCUCAAAGUGUGACCUUAUGACCCUUCUUCAAGGCAAAGACCAAUGUCAAGGGUCAAGGUCACCAGUAAAGGAUAGAAUGGAGGCGUUGCUUGACAACAUUUUGAAAUCAGCCAAUGAAUGCACUAAUAGAAGAUUUCUGGUAGUUUUGGACUGUUACCAAGGCAACCCUGAACAUACAGAACUUAUGGUGAAUCGGGCAUUGCCGUUGUAGUUAGGCAGGAUAAGUGUGUAACAAGUUUGGACAUGUCACUGUGUUCAGUGAGUGACAUUUUAUUUUGCGGAUAUUCCACUUGAAUGGUGUAAUUUGAUGUAAAAAAUUAUAUUUUGGAUAUUGCAUGCUUGAUUAAUAUUUUAUCUUUUAAACCGCUAAGUACAGUAUUUGUAAAAUGUACAAUCUGUUUUAUUUAUACUGACAGCAUACAUUGUGCACAUUAAACAAAGAACGAAAUGUAUUUGAACAGUUGCAUGAAAAUCGCACACACUAUAUUAGAGUGUUUAAUUAGUUAUUGUGAUUAAAAAGUUUGAAAAUAUGAUAUCUGGGACCAAAAUCCUACUCCAAGAUGAUGAUGUACCUCGUUAUUUUUAAGGAAAAAGGUGAGAUAAGAGGGGCAAAGAGAAAAAAGUAAUAUGCAUGUUGGCUGAACGUUUAAUUAAAUAGUUACACAAGCUAUGAGAAUGUUAGCUUUUAAUAUAUUUAACAUCUACAUAAUUCUACAAUUUCCAUUGACUGACUCCAUCCUUUUUGACUCGGUCGCUGUGAAGUCGAAUGAUGUUUUGCCGGGAAAGCUCAAUGGUCUAGCUACUAGCUUCAUUAGAUCAUUGAUGAAUGGUCUUGAAUUGUGUUAAAACGUGAUUUAUUAUGGUUUUAAACAAAAUGGAUUUACUGUUUAUAGAAAAAAGAUGUUAACAGGUUUUGCUUCUUUGUUUGCAACCAAUUGUUUAUGUAUGUUGUGUUGGUCCGUAUGUCUGAUAGUCGGAAGACCAAACCUUGUC